UCCGCGCUGUCCCGGCGGAGCAGCUCGAGCAUCACUGGGCAGCGACAUCAGCGGCACCGCGGAGCGGCUUUAUACCGGGGAACCGGCGGCACGUGUGUGACUGCGCAGAUCAGACCUUCAUCAUCAUCAUCAUCAUCUGUACCACCUCCUUCAUCAUCCUCAGCAUCCUCAUCCUCAGCAUCCUCAGCACCAGCGGCUUCUCAUCGCGGAGUUGAGCUGCACCUCACAUCUCAGAGGAUCUGUUUCACCAUCUGAAAAGCCGUCAAAUCGUUCCGGACACGAACUGCGGUCAGAUCGGUGACCCGUCCGACUGGAACCAUGUGGGCUCGACUGGGAGCGGCCUGGAUCUGGACCUACAUACUACUGGUGCACGUCUGGGCUCAAAGUUCUAAUCAGAACGGAUCAGACGAGCAGAAGGACAACACCACCGUCUUCACCCGAAUCCUCGACAGUUUACUGGAUGGAUACGAUAAUCGUCUCAGACCAGGACUGGGAGAGCGCGUGACGGAGGUGAAGACGGACAUUUUUGUGACGAGUAUCGGGCCGGUCUCUGAUCACGACAUGGAGUACACCAUCGACGUGUUCUUCAGGCAGAGCUGGAAGGACGAGCGUCUGAAGUUUAAGGGCCCGAUGGCGAUUCUGCGUCUCAAUAAUCUGAUGGCCAGUAAGAUCUGGACCCCCGACACCUUCUUCCACAACGGCAAGAAAUCUGUGGCGCACAACAUGACCAUGCCCAACAAACUGCUGCGCAUCACCGAGGAGGGAACGCUGCUCUACACCAUGAGACUGACGGUGAGAGCCGAGUGCCCCAUGCACCUCGAGGACUUCCCUAUGGAUGCCCACGCCUGCCCCCUGAAAUUCGGCAGCUACGCCUACACCCGCGCUGAGGUUGUGUACGUGUGGACCAGGGGCGCCGCCCAGUCGGUGGUGGUAGCUGAAGAUGGAUCCCGACUCAAUCAGUACGACCUGCUGGGGCAGACGGUGGAUUCGGGCGUCGUCCAGUCCAGCACCGGCGAGUACGUCGUCAUGACGACACACUUCCACCUGAAGAGGAAGAUCGGAUAUUUCGUUAUCCAGACGUACCUGCCGUGCAUCAUGACCGUCAUCCUGUCACAGGUCUCGUUCUGGCUCAACCGCGAGUCUGUCCCUGCCAGGACCGUGUUCGGAGUGACCACCGUACUCACCAUGACAACGCUCAGUAUUAGCGCCAGGAACUCGCUACCCAAGGUCGCCUACGCCACCGCCAUGGACUGGUUCAUCGCCGUCUGCUACGCCUUCGUCUUCUCCGCCCUCAUCGAAUUCGCCACCGUCAACUACUUCACCAAGAGGGGGUACGCCUGGGACGGCAAGAGCGUCGUACCCGAGAAGCAAAAGAAGAGGAAGGAGUCGCUGCUGAAGAAGAACAACACCUACACCGCCGCCACGGCAACCUCCUUCGCCCCCAACAUCGCCCGGGACCCCGGCCUCGCCACCAUCGCCAAGAGCGCCCCACCCCCGCCCACCGAGCCCAAAGAGGAACCCAAACCCAAACCGGCCGAGGCCAAGAAAACCUUCAACAGCGAGAGCAAGAUCGACCGGAUCGCCAGGAUAGCGUUCCCGCUGCUGUUCGGCACCUUUAACCUGGUGUACUGGGCCACGUACCUGAAUAAAAAACCCAAAAUCAAGGGGGCGCUGCAGCCGCACUAAUCCUCACGCGCCGACUUAUUGCGCCGUGUUUCUUCCUCUGUUUGUUUUCCGUCUCUUUACUUUCCACGUCUCUUCAAAAAAAAAAAAUACUAAUAAAUAAUCGUGGUGGUCGCGGGUCUUCGUAUCAUCAUCACCCCCGGCGUAAUUUAGCUUCCUACGUUGUUUAUGGAUCAUCACGGUUCCAUCACGCCACCGUCUGCAUGAGUCCCGCCCUCUCUCCGUUUACGUUUACG